CGCUUGGUUUUGGGUAAACGAGGGCUGGAAUAGUGGAAUUUAGCUCCAAGGGAAUUCCAAUUAAGUAGUUGCGGCAUUGCCGAGCCCUUAAUCGUAAACAGUGAAUUGAAAUGGAGUCAUUGCUAGGGUUUGUGGAAACCACGAGCAGCUUCGAUGUCGAUGUCGACCGAUCAUGCAACUACAAGUUGGUCCCACGGCUUACCUGGGAUGAAUGGGAGUUCGUCAAAGACUCUCUCUUCUCUUCUUCCCCACACUCCCUUGCCUCAGCUCUUCGAAGAAUAACGGUGUGGCGAAGCAGAGGGUGUUUUCCUGUUGUGAUUGAAGUAACCGCUUCAAUUGUUGAAAUUCAGCAAAAAAAUCCUUUUUUUAGAGUUGGCCUUGGUGAUGAUGCUUUGGACUCGGAGGAGAUGCUGACGAUGCUAUAUUGCAUGGCAAUUGUGAGGCAUGUGAAUGGUGUUGUUGAGAAGACAUGCAAGAAGACAGAGGUAUCAAUUGCAGAGGCAGCUGAUGCAAUCAAUAUUCCACGUAUGCUGAUUGAUAUUUGCCAUGAGGGUUCUCACCGUGAUCUCCCUUCACUUCGGCUGGUUCGUCUUGCUUCAAUUAAGGCACUAGAUUGGUUGAAGUCUUAUUAUUGGGAGCCUCAAAAAAGGCAAUUCCAUUUCAAAGUGAUGGCAUUGGUAGCCUCCGAAGAGAAAUCAAGUAUAGACUGUGAAUUGGCUUUUUGGUUGAAAAUCAAGCACACUAAAGGGACUAAACAUUGCGAACAACUUUGCGGGCGUAAUAAGUUUCUCUCUCUUAUGGCCGCAAACCCCAAUCUUCAAAGUCUGCAGAUUCUAUUUGAUGAUUGGAAGCCUGUUGUUAAGAAAUUGUCAAAUAAAGAACCAGAGUUGCUUCUGAACCUUAUUAAGGCAGUCCUUGAAAAGACUGAGACUCAAGAGGCCAUGGAAUAUGAAAGUGGUAACUGCUGUCUUAUUUCUAACACGUUAGCUACAUUUUUAUUUUUUGUUUGUUCAAUUAAUAUUUCUGGUUCUUUCAUUGGACUUCUAAAUAUUGCAUUACAUUUAAGUUUUAAAAUGAGAAUAUUGACAUCACAUUUUUUUGGUUGAAAUACAGAGGGACAGUCCCAAUAACAAUUAAGUUAACAUAUAACUAGCAUUUCCGAAUAUUGUCAAGAGUGGCAUAAUUUUUGCUGAGUUUUUAUGAAAAAUUUUACCAUCAUCUUGGCGAACACUGGAUUUUCUUUGUUGGGUUUGGUUGCUGCACUACUUUUGGCUUGGAAAAGUUAUUUUGAGCUGUCUUUAGGUGAUGGAAACCUUCGUCCAUAAUAUGCAAAUUAGUUUUGAUGUUUGAAAUCUUAAUAAUGCCUGGGAUUUACGAAUCACAGAGAUACUCCUCACUUAGUAUUUAUUUUAAAUUUUUUGUAUAUGUAGACAUCAUAGUUGACAAUCCCAUUCUGUACCUAUUGGUAUGGUUCAGCACUUUAUUGUACUGGCGACAAAAUGAUACGAAGUGAGUUGAAUUCUCUUCAGGGUAAUUUUUAGGGUAGUGCCUGAUUAUUUCAGAUUGCACUGGGCUAUUUCACCAAUUGGGGUAGUAUGGGCCUCUUCUGGUACAUACUGGGAGAAUUAUUGUUUAGUCCAUUAUAGGAUUUUAUAAAGGAAAAAUAGUUAAAGUUUAAAAAAUAAUAGAGUCCGAUGGAAGUUUAAAAAGUAAAAAAUGAUCAAAUAUUUCAACAAUUAAUAUGUAUUUAGAAAAGUGUACACAUAUAUCAAAUAUUUUACAGCAAAGAUGAAACAUGAGUAGGAUUAGGAGUGGUUAUGCCAAUAUCUUGCUUUUAAGAUUUUGACUUGUUGAUAUGUUCACAUCCUACUUUUUAACAGUUUAACUAGUUGACAUGCCUUUAUUAUCUAAUUUCUUAAACAAAACUUGGACAAACCAUAUAAUCCCUCAGUUAAUAUCUGCCGCAGAGACAUUGGUUUAUGGCCCCUAAUAUCUGCAUAGCUUGGAG